UCCCAGGAACCCGACGGAGAGUGAGGGAACGAGGGUCGCUUUCGGGGGCUGCUGCCUUCCACGUACGCGUCGUCGUGAGGAGCGCAGCCCGGACUCUCCUGCAACCCCUCCCGCUCCCUUUUCCGCACGCCUCGAGGCAGCGGCGGCAACCGAGACAGCGUCUCACCUUCCCCCACCCCUUCCCCUUGUCCCCCCGCCCGGGAGGGCCCGGUCUGCGCCCCACCCCCGUCCGCCCGCCCGCUACGCCGCCGCCAUGUCGGCGCAGGCCCAGAUGCGCGCGAUGCUGGACCAGUUGAUGGGCACCUCCCGGGACGGAGAUACUACUCGUCAACGAAUCAAAUUCAGUGAUGACAGAGUAUGCAAGAGUCACCUUCUGAAUUGUUGCCCCCAUGAUGUCCUGUCUGGAACUAGAAUGGAUCUUGGAGAAUGUCUGAAAGUCCAUGACCUGGCUUUAAGAGCAGAUUAUGAAAUUGCAUCCAAAGAACAAGAUUUUUUCUUUGAACUCGACGCUAUGGAUCAUCUAAAGUCAUUCAUUGCAGAUUGUGAUCGAAGAACAGAAGUGGCUAAGAAAAGAUUAGCAGAAACUCAGGAAGAGAUUAGUGCUGAAGUUGCAGCAAAGGCAGAACGUGUUCAUGAGUUAAAUGAAGAAAUCGGUAAAUUGUUGGCUAAGGUGGAACAGCUAGGAGCUGAAGGGAAUGUGGAGGAAUCCCAGAAAGUAAUGGAUGAAGUAGAGAAAGCACGGGCAAAGAAAAGAGAAGCAGAGGAAGUUUAUCGGAAUUCUACGCCAGCUUCCAGUUUCCAGCGGCAGAAACUUCGAGUCUGUGGAGUUUGCUCUGCCUAUUUAGGUCUUCAUGAUAAUGACAGACGACUGGCUGAUCAUUUUGGGGGUAAACUGCACCUGGGAUUUAUUGAAAUAAGAGAGAAGCUUGAAGAAUUAAAGAGAGUUGUAGCUGAGAAGCAGGAGAAAAGAAACCAGGAACGCCUGAAAAGAAGAGAAGAAAGGGAGAGAGAAGAAAGGGAGAAGCUGAGGAGGUCUCGAUCACAUAGCAAGAAUCCUAAAAGAUCCAGGUCCAGAGAGCAUCGCAGACAUAGGUCUCGCUCCAUGUCACGGGAACGGAAAAGGAGAACUCGAUCCAAAUCCCGGGAGAAACGCCAUCGCCACAGGUCCCGCUCCAGCAGCCGUAGUCGCAGCCGCAGCCACCAGAGAAGUGGGCACAGUUCUAGAGACAGGAGCAGAGAGCGAUCCAGGAGGAGAUCCUCAAAAGAGAGAUUCAGAGAACACAACUUAGCAUCACGUGACAGAGACAGGAAUUCAAGAGACAGAUCACCUCGUGACAGAGAUCGAACAGAUAAGAAGCGGUCCUAUGAGAGCGCUAAUGGCAGAUCAGAAGACAGGCGGAGCUCUGAAGAGCGCGAAGUAGGGGAAAUAUAAUUAGCUGUGUACAUAUCCUCAAUCCUUAAGCUUCCUCUGGAGUUACAUACUAUUGUUUAGUUUACAGCUGUUCAGGGUGACACAGUGAGCAGUUCCAGACACCGAUCCAGCUAGGCCAGGUGUAUAGCAUCUAACUUGAUCUGAACUUGUUUUCUUUGAUGAAGCCUAAAACUACAUCCAUAGUUUCUGGCGAACUUGUAAUACACUUCUGAAAGUACAGUUUUAUAUAAUAAGAUGCUGGUGUCUUUAUUCUUUCUGGUAGGAGUGAUAGUGAAUGAAUUGUGUUAC